UUACAGAUGGGGCCUGAGUGGGCUUGGUCGGACUCUGAAGAAGAACAUCCCACUGACUCUGAGUUGAGCCACGACUGCAGGUCGCUCUUCAGCUCAUGGGACUCCAGUCUGGACCUUGAUGUGGGCGGCUGGAGGGAAACUGAGGCGCCAGGGUCUGAGGAACUAGAGGAAAGCAGCCCAGGGGAAGAACGUAGUGAGCUGCUUGUGGGGGACGGAGGCAGUGAGGACUCUCAGGACGAGGCAGAGCAAGUCAGUCGCCAGAACUUCCUCCACUUUCUGUCUGAGGUAGCUUACUUAAUGGAGCCAUUGUGCAUUGGCAGCAGAGAAUCAAGUGAGAGCUCCUGCCCUUCAUCCGGUAGAAGACCACAGGAGGGAAGGGAAGUUGAAACUACUGAAGGAGAAGGGGAGCCCUGCAAAGAGCCCGAAGAGCGAUCAGCCGAGGCAGAGCCCUUGGUAGUUGAGGCGUCACUGGGAGAAGAUGGAAGGCCAGAGGUGGGUCCAGUUCCCUCAGGUAUUUGUACAGCUCCGGGACUCACAGAGAGAGAAGAGGGGGAGGUUGAGCAAGAAUGCAAAGAGGAGGACCGGGGCGAAGGGCACGUGUCGGAGAUGGAAGACUGGCCCUCCCCGGGGGAGUGCGAUGAAGCCCUCAGCGCGCAGGGGAUACCCCUGCUGGGCAUCCUUCUCAGCUGUGCUGCCUCCUCAGCGUUGUCUGAUCUAGGCCAGAGUGACCCUGUUCAGGAUCACUUGCUAUUCAAGAAGACUCUCCUGCCAGUCUGGAAGAUGAUUGCCAGUCACCGGUUCAGCAGUCCAUUUCUGAAGCCUGUAUCAGAAAGGCAGGCCCCAGGAUACAAGGAUGUGGUGAAAAGACCCAUGGACUUAACUAGCCUGAAAAGGAAUCUGUCGAAGGGACGGAUUCGUACCGUGGCUCAAUUCCAGCGGGACCUGAUGCUAAUGUUCCAGAAUGCUUUGAUGUACAACGACUCUGAUCACCACAUAUACCAGAUGGCUGUGGAGAUGCAGCGAGAAGUCUUGGAGCAGAUUCAGGGGCUGAAUAUUUGGUCAAACAAAGGAAGAGACUUAAAUAGUCUAGACUGAGCACCAGUCAACCCGUGGAUGAUGGAAAACCUAUUUUCUUAACCUAGAGCUGCUACCUUGACUUUUUCUGGAAUUUGGGCCUCUCAUUCAGACUCUGACCCAGAGAAGAUCCCCGUACCUGUUUACCACUUCUCUGUUGUCUUUUCUUGUAAGAAUAAUGCCUUAACUCACAACCAAGGAGUCAAAGGUGCCUGUGAACAUAAUAUAAAGAAAACAGGGGAAAGCUGUGAUUUGGAGUUAUUCCAUAAAUGUUGCCAAUAUUUUUGUUGCAUAGGCUAAAUUUAGCGGUAACUGGGUUAUACCUCUUAUUACUGCUCUAUAAAUAAAGGCUAUUUCACAAGUCAAAGGUUGCUU